AUGCCGUUAUAUAAAGAAGAUAAUUUCUUGAUAAUAUACCCAAGUUCUAGAUUUACUGUUUUUUCAUUUGGGUUGUCUGAUUCGUUAUCGCCACCGCAAUUCAAAAUCCCAUCGGUUGUUUACCGUAACACAACCACCAAUGAAUUUCAAUCCACGUCAAAUGAUCAAACCACUGAAAUAUAUCCAAUAGUUCAAAACAAAAUAGUCAAUUUGGAUGCAUUUAACCAUUUGUUAAAGAUCAUUUUGCAAAGUAUCAUCAACGACCAUCCAACCGUCACAAUUAAUCAAAUUCCUAUGUUGUUGAUUAUUCCAAGUUUGACUUGGUCAAGAAACAGUCUCGAAUAUAUUACGAAGUAUGUCAUUGAAAGUUUAGAGAUAACAGCAUUUAAUAUUGUCGACUUGAGUCUAGCUGCCACCUUUGGAGCUGGACAGUUGACUAGCUCAACAGUUGUUUAUGUUGAUCAUGAAAAUAUUCAAGUUGUCCCGGUUGUUGGAUAUCAAGCUAUUAAAUUUGCGGGUAAAAUAGUCAAUAACGAAGGUGGAAUUACCAUUAACAGAGAAUUAAAGAAAUUGUUUCCAAAUUUGAGUGAGUCACAAUUGGAAGAUUUGAAGGAAUCCGGGAUAUAUGAAGUUUUAAUUGACCAGAACGAACAAAGUGGUCUUGAUGAGAUUCAAGAAUUUGAUGUUGCAAAAAUUGUAACUGAUGAAAAUGGCCAAAAUAUCGGUGAUGUGGAGAAACAAGAAGUUGAUUCCACAAAGGCCAAUAGAGACUUGGAAAGGAACUUUUUCAUUGAUUCACAAACAAAGGAAAAAGUUUGGGUUGGUAAAGAACGUUUCUCUGGAACUGCUUCAUUGGUUAAAUUGAUUGCUAAAAGUAUUUAUUCGGCACUUUUACAGAUCCCAGAUAUAGAUAGAAGACAAGACUGCUAUGAUAAUAUUAUUUUGGUUGGUUCCGUGUUUAAGAUUCCUGGAUUGAAAGAAGCAGUCUUGCUCAAAUUGACUCAAGACUAUUUGGUUACUGAACCAAGCUCAGAUGAUCAAAAACCUGAAGACCAAUCGGGUGUGAAUGCUGCCAUUAUGAAGUAUCAACAAGCAGACGAAAUAGGUGAUGGUGAUAAUCAACAAAGCAACACUUCUCAGGUACCGAAUUCAAUCAAGUUGGCUAAGUUUGCUGAUUAUUUCCCUGAAUGGAAAAAGCCAAAAGAAUUUGGAGGAUCAUGGCAAGAUGUUUAUUUCUUGGGUGGUCAAAUUUACAGCAAACAGAUUUUCUCAGGUAGCAGUCACCACCAUGGUAAAGAAUUAUUCGUUGGUAGUGACAUGUAUGAAGAAAGAGGUCCACAAAGUAUCUGGGAUGCUAGUAUUUAA